AUGGCGUCGACACCUCGGUAUAACGUGACGAGAUUGCUUGCCUUCGUCCUCCUUGUCCUUGCCGCCUCGUCCUGUGUGUCAGACAAGUAUGCUGCCGCCCUCACCGCUGCGGCGGCCACCGCGUCUGUGCCGCUGAACGCAACAAGCAAGAGCCGGGGCAACAACUGGGCUGUCAUUCUCUCCUCCUCCCGGUACCUCUUCAACUACCGUCACACUGCCAACGCCCUAUCCAUGUACCACCUGCUGCGCCAGCGUGGAAUUGACGACGAUCACAUCCUUCUCUUUCUCAGUGACAGCUUCGCGUGCGAUCCGCGAAACGCGUACCCAGCGGAAGUUUUUCUGCAGUCGCCCGAGGGCUGGGGCGAGGAAGAGCGCGCGCGCAUGAACCUAUACGGCUGCAGUGCACAGGUGGACUACGCGGGCAGCGACGUGGACGUGCGCCGCUUUCUGAGUGUAUUGCAGGGUCGCUACGACGAGAAUACCCCACCCACGCGGCGGCUCCUUUCAGACGAUCAAUCGAACAUCAUCAUCUACAUUGCGGGGCAUGGCGCCAAGUCGUACUUUAAGUUUCAAGACAGCGAGUUUCUGAGCUCGUCGGACAUCUCGGAGACGCUCAUGAUGAUGUAUCAGCAGCGGCGGUACGGCCGCAUCGUUUUCCUAGCAGAUACCUGCCAUGCGAUUGCGCUGUGCGAGAGCGUGGAAGCUCCAAACGUUGUCUGCCUCGCCGCCUCAGAUGCCGAGUCAGAGAGCUACUCGUACAAGUACGAUCGAAAACUUGGCCUGCCGAUGACCUCCUACUGGAUGUAUGAUAUGUACUGGUUGCUGAAGGGCACAAGCUGCAGCAACCCGCACACUCGCCGCAUCGGCAACGACGCGGUGUCGGUGUUGCAUCAGUCCUGGUACAGCCUCAAUUAUCACCCCUACCGAGUGGAGGUGAGUGGCGACAACUCAAAGCCAGUGCACCGCGACGCAGUGAACGACCCAGCGGCACUGAGAGAGUGGAUUGUAGCGGACUUUAUGUGCGGCAAUGUGCCGGCAGCGGUCCCAGUGGACGUGCGAUACGAUCUCGAGUAG